CUAGCUCCUUUAGAAAUAGAAGCACGUGGAGAAAAAGCACAGCUCGCUUAUCAAAGUGCUCUUAAAGAUGGAGCUGUCAAUGUUUACCGUGGUCGAGUAUUGCUUAUUGGGCAGGAUCGGGCUGGAAAAACAAGUUUAAAGAAGUCUCUCAUUGGUCUACCAUUUAAUCCAAAAGAAAAAAGUACUGAUGGAAUUGAAGUGGAUCCAUCAAAAUUUCAGUUGGACGUUGAUGAAGUCAGGAAUUGGCAGCCUAUUGAUGAGAGAAAGCAAGAGUUCCUAGGAUGUUCGAAAGAUGUGGCACAGGUGAUGGUGGAAAAGAUGUAUAAUAAUAUGUCAGUUAGCCGUGACUCGGUUCAGGAGGAGGAAAGAGGUGAAGCAAUAGUUCAAAAUGAUGAUAACAAGAAUAGUAAACAGGUUGGUACUGAUGCAGAAGAAGAAGAAGUUUCUCUUGUGAACCAGGUUUGUGUUUUGUCUUUGAAAUGUGAUAUUUUUUCGUGAAUUCUUCGUUACUACGAGAACGUUGUUCAUAAGUUAGGUUUUAGUGAGAAACUCACCACGGCUUCCCUGCCCUUUACUACGAUGUCCGUAUGGGAAAUAUGUAAUAAUUGCCAGAUAGUGGUUUUUCAGUCCUGGUUAAAAAUUUAACGUUUUAUACUUGUCUAGUAAGUUCAGUUCCGGGUGAAGAAUUAUACUACUAUCAGCCAUUUUCUUAUACCUUCAUGGUUGUACCCAUCUACUCGUAAGCUUAGCCUUUGGGUUAUUAUAUUAGUGAGUGUGCAAACCAAAGUGAGUAUAGCCGUGUCUUUAUUUAUACUUUUAAGAGUUAAUUAGGCCUUGACUAUAGCUUUCGCUCAGUUUUUUUUGUUUGUCGAUCACAAUUUCCCUAUACUAUUUUCUUUUUCUUUCUUUUUUUUAUGCGAAGAGCAAGGCCAAGGGGUUGGGGGACUCAAUCAAACACCAUAUUUCUUUAUAUUCUUAAAUUCACUGUUCUUUAAAAAAUGCAAGAGCGUAUUAAAGGGGCUAUGUCACGCCACACGCAUGCGCGAGCCAAUGAAAACAAACUUGAAAAAGUCGGCCCGACUUUUUCAAGUUCUGUCGGAGAUUUUGGAAGGCUGUUUUUAUCUGUCUAAAUCUCAGCCAUCGUUCGAUAGUUAGCGAAGUUUUGUAUUAAGAAUCGUUCUAUGGUGAUUACAGAAUAAUUUUUUGGCGUUGUUUUGAAAUUGUUUGCCUGUGGAAUGUUUUUACGUGGAUUUACUGUGUUCUCUUAUCAGCGGCCGUUGUAAUGGCAGAGUUAAUAGGGAGCUUAAGCAAAGGCGUUUUUGAGCGACGGACGUCAACCGGAAGUGAGAUAUUUUCCUCUUAACAUGCCUUGAUGAUAUAAAAUUUGUAUUCCUUAGCUUCUUUACUGUUAUAGAGGCGAUUUGACUGAAAAUUUGCGCGAAACCACCGUCAAAAAAUCAAAAAAGGCCACUUCCGGUUGACGUACGUCGCUCAAAAACGUUGUUGCUUAAGCUCACGGCUACUCCUCAAAGAAUGAUGGAAUCUUUGAUGGAAUCUUCCCUAUAUGUUAUAGUAUGCUUUAUGUCAGGGACUGGGCCCGAGUUUGGUGUCUCUUUGGGCCCGCCAUCUUGCUACUUGUGUGUAUUAAAAGGUUGUGUUCAUCUAUCCGUUCUCUCGUGUCACAUAUCAUAGUUUAUCCAGGAUACUUUAACAUGGUGGCAGCAGUGGGAUGAUUCUACACGCCGAGUGACGUUUUGACUCAUAAAACAUUGAGGUGAACCCGAUGAACCAGGAUUACUAAGUCAACCAUUCGUAGCGUGCAGCCGAGUAUCAUCGCAAUUCUACCGGCCGACACAGUUUUCUCACAAACAUGGGCGAGCUUUCGGGAAUUAAGCCGCCUCAGAUGGAAUGGAAUGACUCUGACUUACCCAUGGCAUUUAAAAGCUUCAAACAAUAUUGCCAGCUAGUCUUUGAUGGGCCUUUGAACGCGAAAGAGGACAAAGUCAAGGCAACCUAUAUUCUGCUCUGGAUCGGCGAAGAGGGCCGGAAAAUCUUUAACUCUUUUGACUUGACCGCUGAUGAGAAAGCGAAACCUGACGCAAUUUUUGACAAGUUUGCAACAUAUCUGGAACCUAAGUCAAAUUUUCGGAUUGCAAGAUACCAACUACAAGGCUUCAAACAAGCUGAUGAUGAAAGUGUAGAUUCGUUCAUGGCCAGGUGCAAAAUACAAGCCCAGAAAUGCCGAUUCAGUGACGCCGAACUAGAGGAGCGGUUAAUUGAGCAAUUAAUUAUUGGUACUCGCGAAAGAAAGAUACAAGAAGUCCUCUUAGGAAAAGAUGAUAAGUUAAAAGCUUGACAAAGCCAUGGACAUUGCCCGGACAAGGGAAGCUACGGUAAAUGAUAUGAAAUCCCUUGACCAACAAGGUGCGUCAGCACCCGCUCGUUCUCAUGACACUAACGUAGAUGCUAUCAGACAGAAUUCCAACCUCAGAUGUGGAAAAUGUGGUCUCAGCCAUGAAAAAAAAGUGCCCAGCUCAAGGUACAAGGUGUAGAAAGUGUAACCAGUGGAACCACUGGGAACAAGUGUGCAGAAAUAAACAAGCACAGGAUCGGAAAGCUAAACCUUCACUCCGGAAGCAGCCUGGGGGCUGGAUACCGCACGCCAAGUCAAGUCAGAACAAGAUACACACAGUUGAGGAGACAAAUUCAGACUCUGAUGAGUUGUGUUUCGAGACAAUUAAAAUUGACAGUUCCAAUGUUACUCCAGUAAAAGAUGAAGCUUUUGCAAAGCUCCAAGUAAAGUUGCCUAAUGUUGAUCAUCCUAACCCUGUGCUCAAAGUGAAAGUAGAUACUGGCGCCCAGGGAAAUAUUCUGCCUUUGCGAAUUUAUCGGAACAUGUUUCCACACCAUGUGGGUGAAAAUGGCCUUCCCACGGAGACAACACCGAGUCAGACCAAACUGACUGCAUACAAUGGCACCCAAAUACCCCAGCAUGGAGUAUGUUCUAUCAGGUGCUCUUAUGGUGACAAAGCAACUGAUGCAAUGUUUUAUGUUGCUGAUGUCACCGGCCCCGCUAUUUGUGGCCUACCCACCUGUUGCCAACUUAACCUGGUGGAGUUACACUGUGCAGUAGGCACAUGUUCUAGCAAAGUGCCUCUCCCAGCAGUUAAGGAUAAAGGUGACCUCAAGCUUUGUACCCUGACCGUUUUGAUGGCAUUGGUAAAUUUGAAGGGGAAUACCACAUUGUCACUGACCCGGAUGUGCCACCUGUAGUUCAUGCACCACGGAAGUGCCCAAUACACAUCAAGGAUGAUAUUAAAAGGGAGCUUGAUGAAAUGGUCCAUCUUGAGUCAUUAAACCUGUGACCGAGCCCACAGACUGGGUUUCAAGUGUGGCUUACUCCCAAAAGUCAAAUGGACGAUGGCGCGUAUGCCUUGACCCUAAAGAUCUUAACCAAGCUGUCAAGAGAAGCCAUCAUCAUACACCUACCCUAGAGGAAAUCACCCACAAGUUCAAAGGAAGCACAGUAUUUUCAAAACUGGAUGCCCGUCAUGGUUAUUGGUCCGUAGUGCUCGAUAAAGAAUCCUCUUACCUUACCACCUUUAACAGCCCGUUUGGUAGAUUUAGAUUUACUCGUCUUCCCUUUGGACUCUGUGUUAGUCAGGAUAUUUUCCAACAGAAGAUGGAUUUUAUCCUUGAGAAAUGCCCAGGAACAGUUGGCAUUGCUGACGACAUUGCAGUUCAUGGUCCUACCGAGGAAGAACAUGAUGCCAAUUUGCACAACCUGAUGCUAGUCGCGCGGGGAGCAUGGACUUGUCUUCAACCUAGACAAAUGUAUUAUUAAAGAAGAACUGAUAACAUUCUUUGGAAUGUUAUUUGAUACUGAAGGAGUGCACCCUGACCCAGAAAAGGUGGAAGCUAUCCGAGCCAUCCAGGUCCCACAGGAUGCCCAAGAACUCCAGUCUUUCCUUGGUAUAGCAACAUACAUGGCCCCUUUCAUUCCAAAUCUGUCUGCUCUGUCUGAGCCUCUGAGGAACUUGCUUAAGAAAGGCAGUGACUUCCACUGGUCUCCUUCCCACAGUACAGCUUUUGAGAAAAUCAAGCAGUCAAUCUGCCGUCAAGUCUCCCUUACGUAUUUUGAUCCUAAGAAGGACACAAUCCUCCAGGUUGAUGCCUCCCUUAGGGGACUCGGGAGUGCGUUAGUGCAAGAAGGCAAGAUUGUUGCUUUCGCAUCUAGAGCACUCACGGACACGGAAAAACGAUAUGCAAAUAUUGAGCGUGAGAUGCUUGCUGUUGUUGUUGCUUGUGAGAAAUUUCACUCCUACUUGUUUGGCAAGAGGUUCAUGGUUGAGUCAGAUCACAAACCUCUUGAGAUGAUUCAUUUGAAGAAUCUUACAGCUGCUCCUCCAAGACUCCAGAGAAUGUUACUCAGAAUACAAGGAUAUGACUUCACUAUCAAGUACAAACCUGGCACAGAAAUGCUUCUUGCUGACCCAAUGUCAAGACUAAACCCUCUACCAAAUGAAGAGUCACUGGACCUUCAGAAAGUAUGCCUAGUGCGAUUCUCUGAUGAUAAGUUGAAUGCCUUGAGGCGAGACACGUCCUGUGAUCCUGAACUUUCAGCCCUACGAGAAAUUAUCUACUCUGGCUGGCCUGAAAAACAGAAACAAGUUCCAGUGCCAUUGAGGAAGUUCUGGGCCUACCGUGACGAGUUAUCUAUUGAAAACGGUCUAGUACUCAAGGGAGAAAGAGUGAUUAUUCCGGAAUCACAAAGAGAUGAUAUCUUAGAGAAGAUACAUCAGGCUCACCAAGGUGUUGCGAAGUGUCAGCUACGAGCAAAAUCCUGUGUAUUUUGGCCCAAUAUUAACAAGGACAUUGAAGCUAAAGUCCAGAAGUGUGAAAUUUGUCAAGAAAGCCAAACCACACAAACCAAAGAAACACUGGAACCACAUGAAGUACCUACUAGACCAUGGCAAGUAGUUGGUACUGAUCUAUUCACAUGGCAUGGGGACGAAUAUCUGCUUAUGUGUGAUUAUUACUCCAAGUUCCCCAUCAUCAAGAAAAUACCAAGUGGACAAUCCACUGGACAAACAGUUGUAAGGCUUACAAAGUGCGUGAUGUCAGAACAAAGGUGUACCGAAAGUCAUAAUUUCGGACAAUGGUCCACAAUAUGACUGUCAAAGCUACAAGCAGUUCUCUAACGAAUGGGGCUUCCAACACAUAACGUCCAGCCCCAGAUACCCACAGUCCAAUGGGUUUAUUGAGCGACAAGUCCAGACUGUUAAAAACACUUUAGACAAGGCUGUAAAAUCUGGAGAGGACCCUUACAUGUCAAUGCUCUGUCUUAGAUCUACUCCGAUUGAUUCACAGCUUCCGUCCCCUGCUGAAUUACUGUAUCAGCGUAAACUUCAAGCAAAUCUUCCGGUCAGAGUGGACAAUCGAAUACCUGACAGGGACAAAGUCGCCCAGCGCCUGACAGAACGUCAGCAGUCCAUGAAACACUACUAUGACCGGAAUGCGCAUGAUCUAAGUCCCCUGACAACAGGGCAACCUGUACGCAUACAGGACCAAGCUUCAAAGAAGUGGUUACCAGGAACUGUGAGUUGCACAAGACCUGAGCCGCGGUCAUAUGAAGUGAAAACCCAAUCUGGUUCAAUCCUUCGCCGUAACAGGCGCCACCUUCGCCCGGCAAACACGGGUCAACCUGUGAUUAGCUCUGAGGAUGAGCCUGCAAUCACCGAGUCUGAUGACCCUGUUGUUGAACCCUCUCAUGAUAUUCCGAAGUCUACUAAGGCACCGCACACCGUUGUGUCCAGUCCUACAAGAGAUGUUGGUCUCACCCCUGGAUCCCCCGGUGCUAGUGCGAACCCUGGGACCUAUCGGACCAGGAGUGGGCGUACAAUUAUAAGACCUGCUCGUUUUACUGAAUAGAACCUUUUGUUUUAGGAGUUGAGCGCCUAUACCAGUUCGUUUGUUCAAGUUCACACUUACCACGCGUACUCCAUUGUUAUACCAAUUUAGGAUUUAGUGCAGUGACUUUUGAUGCACACCAUAUGUUGCCAGGAUUUGUUGAGACUUUACCAAGGACUUCCCACCUUGCGGAAUAGUGGAUUUUUACUCUUGACUUUUAAGAACUGAUUACCUUUAAGGACUCUUGUUCAAUUCCUUUUUGUACAGUAGGAGGGAUGUUAUAGUAUGCUUUAUGUCAGGGACUGGGCCCGAGUUUGGUGUCUCUUUGGGCCCGCCAUCUUGCUACUUGUGUGUAUUAAAAGGUUGUGUUCAUCUAUCCGUUCUCUCGUGUCACAUAUCAUAGUUUAUCCAGGAUACUUUAACACUAUAGUUCAUAGAACCUUUCUAUUGAGUUAUUUUAGAGGCUGCUGGCUCUUGGAGUUUUGUUGUGCUCAGAGUAUGUGGACAUAUAAUGAAGCGGCUAUCGAGUUGGCGGCGGCCGUUUUUUGUAAACGAUUACAAGAGCAUCAGGCCAUGAGUUUCGAGACGAAACUAAACUCCUGGCGAAGGAAACAUUAUAAAAUUCGGCUAGAUUCCUUCUUCUAUUUAUCUGUAUUCACGGCAAAGAUAAACACGACCGUUUGAUCGUCCAGAUUGUUCUCAACGGACUUAGACAGGCACCUUAGUACGAGUUAGAUCCUGUAAAUGCCAUGUUUUUGAACUGUUUGUGUUCGAGCAUAUUUUUGGAAAACAGCAGAGUUUACUUUCCCUUUUUAUUAACGGACUGCUUAUAGUGGAGUAGUAUACCAAUGAUGCCUGGUUCUGUUUUUCUCGACGUCGCAGUGAUUCGGCACGAUCGAACAAUUUUGGGUAAUGGGUUCAUGAUAACCGUCACGAAUAUAGAGACAUUAAGUGACCACUUAGCCCUCUAUGAGAAUGUUGAUGUAAUUGCUGUAGUUACUGUAGUUGGUGUAGUAGCUGUAGUUGGUGUAGUAGCAGUAGUUGGUGUAGUAGCUGUAGUUGGUGUAGUAGCUAUAGUUGGUGUAGUUAGUGUAAAUGGUGUAGUAGCUGUAGUUGCUGUAGCUGGUGUAGUAGCUAUAGUUGGUGUAGUAGCUGUAGUUGGUGUAGUUAGUGUAGUUGGUGUAGUAGCUGUAGUUGGUGUAGUAGCUGUAGUUGCUGUAGUUGGUGUAGUUGGUGUAGUUGGUGUAGUUGGUGUAGUAGCUGUAGUUGGUGUAGUUGGUGUAGUUGGUGUAGUAGCUGUAGUUGCUGUAGUUGCUGUAGCUGGUGUAGUAGCUAUAGUUGGUGUGGUAGCUGUAGUUGGUGUAGUUAGUGUAGUUGGUGUAGUAGCUGUAGUUGGUGUAGUUAGUGUGGUGUAGUAGCUGUAGUUGGUGUAGUUAGUGUAGAUGGUGUAGUAGCUGUAGUUGCUGUAGUUGCUGUAGCUGGUGUAGUAGCUGUAGUUGGUGUAGUAGCUGUAGUAGAUGUACGAACUGUAGUUGCUGUAGUUGGUGUAGUUGGUGUGGUAGCUGUAGUAGGUGUAGUUGAUGUAGUAGCUGUAGUUGGUGUAGUUGCUGUAGUUAGUAUAGUUGGUCUAGUUAGUGUAGUUGGUGUAGUUAGUGUAGUAGCUGUAGUUGGUGUAGUUCCUUUAGUUAGUGUAGUUGGUGUAGUUAGUGUAGUUGGUGUAGUUAGUGUAGUAGCUGUAGUUGGUGUAGUAGCUGUAGUUGGUGUAGUUGGUGUAGUUAGUGUAGUUGCUGUAGUUAGUAUAGUUGCUGUAGUUAGUGUAGUUGGUGUAGUUAGUGCAGUAGCUGUAGUUGGUGUUAGUAGCUGUAGUUGCUGUAGUUAAUGUAGUUAGUGUAGUUGUUGUAGUUGGUGUAGUUGAUGUAGUUAGUGUAGUUGGUGUAGUUACUGUAGUUGCUGUAGUUGGUGUAGUAGCUGUAGUUGGUGUAGUAGCUGUAGUUGGUGUAGUUAGUGUAGUUGGUGUAGUAGCUGAAGUUGCUGUAGUUGCUGUAGCUGGUGUAGUAGCUGUAGUUGGUGUAGUAGCUCUAGUAGGUGUAGUUAGUGUAGUUGGUGUAGUAGGUGUAGUAGAUGUAAUAGUAAUAGUAAUAAAUUGCUUUAUUUGCAUGACCGCAUCAUUUUACAGUAUUGCAAAAGCAUGUAUAUGACAAUCAAAAUAUAAAACAAAACAGCACUAAUAAUAAUCUAGAAAAAUUCGGUUACAUUACUAACAAUGAAUCACGUAUUUUCAUGCAGGAGGAAACAAACUUCAUAACUAACUUAUUUACAUGAUGUUCCUUCGAAUUCAUUAUCAGUUUUAUGCUUUCUGGAGAUGAUUUCUUGUCAAAGUCAGGUAUUAUUCGAUUGAUUUGAUUAAUAAAUGCCUGUCUCUGUACUGAGUAUUUGUUACAUUGAAAGAGGAAAUGAAUCUCAUCUUCUACCUGAUUUGAGUUACAUAAAGGACAUAAUCUAUUUUCUCUUGGCAAAUGAUCGAUUUGGUAUCGACCAUGUUCAAUCAUAAGUUUGUGAUUACUUAUUUUAAAUUUAACAAAAUUCUGUCGUUCGUCAUAAUGUCUUAGCUGGUAGAGAUAAUCAGAUGUAGAAUAUUCAUCUUUAAAAUUUUUAUAAAAUUCUAGUUUUUGUGAAUUUUCGAGGCUGUGCCGCCAAAACGAUAGAUAUUUCUCUCUCAUUUCUGUGGUAUAUCGUCCAAUUUUAUCAUUAUCUAGAGAUUCAGCAUCUAAACUGGUUAGAUUGUAUUGUUCAAGCAUGUUUAUGAAAUUGGAAAAAUACCCGGAAUUAUUCAUAGAAUGUAGAUUCUUUGACAUAAGGAAAGACUGUUUGACUAUAGAGUCAUUAUCUUUGUUGUGGAGGUAAACAAAAUAUUUCAUAAUUUUCUGAUUUAUCGGGAUAAGCAGCGGCAGUCUAUCAAGUUCAGCUCUGCAGGCUAUGUUAGAGGCCUUAUUGUUAACCUCUAAGUAACGUUUACAGAAUUUGAGGUGGAUUUUUUCUAUUGGGGAGCUAUCCCAUUUUUUAAAAUCUUGCUUGGUGUACAUUCCCCAUACCUUGUAACUCAAGAUUGGGAAUACCAUGGUGUCAAAAAUUUGGGAUGCAGUAUUAGGAUUAAGUUUGUUAAGAAUUGUCCGCUUCCGAAUACUAGAAAACGCGUGAAGGGCCUUUUCUUUUAAGUGUUCGAGUGCAAGUGUAAAGUUUCCCGUUGGAGUUAAACGUGUACCUAAAUAAGUGUAUUCUUGGACAAUUUCAAUUGACUCACUGCCUAUGUUGAAUUUGAUGUCAAUAGAUUUUUUUUGGGCGUUUCUGGAAUAUCAUAAUUUUUGUUUUCUUCGGAUUAAUUUUUAGCUUCCAUUUGUCACAAUACAAAGAAAGCAUUUAAAACAGUUCUGUAAUCCAGUUUUCGAUCUUGAUAGAAUAACUAAAUCAUCUGCGUAGAAAAGUGAAUUUAUUUUUUUCCCAUUUGGGGAACAAAUGGGUCAGAUAAGGUGUUUUCGAAUAAAAGUGGUAGAUUGUUUAAAUAGAGGUUAAAUAAAAGAGGGCUUAAAAUACAGCCUUGACGUACACCUCUGGAAUAUGAAAAAAGGCUGUGUUUUGUUUUCACCGAUUUUGAUGGAACAUGUCGAGUUGCAAUAAAGACUUUUCAUGAGGUUGUACAAGUUUCCUCCUAUAUUCGUUUUUAGCAGCUUAUAAAACAAUCCUUCGUGCCAAACAGAGUCAAACGCUUUGCGGAAAUCUACGAAACAAGCGUAGACUUUUUCCUUGUGAUAAUGCACAUAUUUAUCUAUUAGGGUCCUUAGAGUGAAAACAUGGUCUGCAGUGCGGUUUUCAGGCAAAAAGCCAAUUUGGGAAUUAUGUAAUAUCUUAUUUUCCUCAAAAUACAAGUGAAGUCUUCGAUUUAAAAUAGAACAGAACAGUUUGCCAAGGCAACUAGAAACACAUAUGCCUCUGUAAUUUGUUGGAUCACUCUUGUCACCAGAUUUGUAAAUUGGGGUUAUGAGGCCUUGACACCAAACAUCUGGCAUUUUUCCGGAUUGUAAAAUGAGGUUAAAAAGUUUGACAUAGACAGGCAUUAGUGGUUCGAGGCUUGCUUUGAUCAUUUCAUUUCGUAUUUUGUCAACAAAUGGUGAUUUCUUAUUUUUCAAUUUCUUCGCCGCUUGACGUAUUUCCCUCUCAGUUAUCUCAUAAUCGAGAUGGUUAAACUGUUCCUUUUCGUGUUCUAAAGAAUUUAGUUCCCUAUGGAUUUCAUGUUCAUGCGUGGAAUUCGUCGGGUCAAUAGAAUGCAGAGAUUUGAAAUGGUGAAGCCAUGAUUCUUCCGAGAUUGGGGCAGGAACAUUUUCGUUGAAAGUGUCGCUCAUCGAAUUUAAACAAUUCCAAAAUGACGCCUUGUCAGGAUUUAAAGCUAGUUCAUCGAGUUGUAAUGUUUUUUCUUUGUGGAAUCCUCUCUUCUUUGUGUCUAGGAGCUUUUUGUAAUCAUUCAAGGUUUUGUGAUAUCUUUCCCGCACUUCGGAGUUGAGGGGGUCACGGUGCUUUUCAUUUGAGACUUUUCGUAAUUCAUGCCUUUUCAAGCGACAUUCACAGUCGAACCAUUUCUUGUUGGAUGAUUUCUUAAUACGCUUAUAAGUUUUCUUAGCUUUAAUUUUUAGGCAUAGCUUGGAGCUCUCAGUUAGAAUUUUCAUAGUGUUUUCUAAGGAGAUAUUCACAUCUUCGGUGUUUCUCUCCAUAUAUUGUCUAAUUAGAAUUUGGAUUGGUUCCGUGCGCAGUGCGUUUUUGAAUUUUAAGUGUGAGUCAACUUCCCAGCAAAAUUGCCGUGGUAAUUUUGAUAAUCUAUUGCUACUAUUUGGAGUGUGCAUUUCGUCUCCAAUUAACCUGGUGUUAAGAUUGAGCCAUGCCACGAUGGCACUAUGAUCCGAUAAAUAAGAUGGCUGUUUAACAACAAAAUUUGCAACGUUGAGAAAUGUACACUGAUCACAUAUUAGAUAAUCAAUAACGCUCGUUCCGUUUUUUCCACAUGUUAGAAGUAGAUGUAGUAGGUGUAGUUGGUGUAGUAGCUGUAGUUGGUGUACUUAAUGUAGUUGCUGUAGUACCUGUAGUUGGUGUAGUUAGUGUAGUUGCUGUAGUUGGUCUAGUUAGUGUAGUUGCUGUAGUUACUGUAGUUGCUGUAGUACCUGUAGUUGGUGUAGUUAGUGUAGUUGCUGUAGUUGGUCUAGUUAGUGUAGUUGCUGUAGUUGAUGUAGUUGAUGUAGUUCGUGUAGUUGGAGUAGUUACUGUAGGUAGUCGCUGUAGCUGGUGUAGUAGCUGUAGUAGGUGUAGUAGCUGUAGUUGGUGUACUUGGUGUAGUUGCUGUAGUUAGUGUAGUUGGUGUAGUUGGUGUAGUUGAUGUAGUUGCUGUAGUUGGUGUAGUAGCUGUAGUUGGUGUAGUUGGUGUAGUAGCUGUAGUUGGUGUAGUUAGUGUAGUUGCUGUUGUUGCUGUAGUUGCUGUAGUUGGUGUAGCUAGUGUAGUUUGUGUAGUUGGUGUAGUAGCUGUAGUUGGUGUAGUUGCUGUAUUUGGUUUAGUUUGUGUAGUUGCUGUAGUUAGUGUAGUUGGUGUAGUUAGUGUAGUAGCUGUAGUUGGUGUAGUAGCUGUAGUUGGUGUAGUUGCUGUAUUUGGUUUAGUUUGUGUAGUUGCUGUAGUUAGUGUAGUUGGUGUAGUUAGUGUAGUAGCUGUAGUUGGUGUAGUAGCUGUAGUUGGUGUAGUUGCUGUAGUUUGUGUAGUUACUGUAGUUAGUGUAGUUGCUGUAGUUGGUGUAGUUGGUGUAGUUGCUGUAGUUGAUGUAGUUGCUGUAGUUGCUGUAGUUGCUGUAGUUGGUGCAGUAGCUGUAGUUGGUGUAGUUAGUGUAUUUGCCGUAGUAGCUGUAGUUGGUUUAGUUAUUGUAGUUGGUGUAGUUGAUGUAGUUACUGUAGUUGGUGUAGGUAGUGUAGUUGCUGUAGUUAAUGUAGUUAGUGUAGUUGCUGUAGUUGGUGUAGUUGAUGUAGUUAGUGUCGUUGGUGUAGUAUAUGUAGUUAGUGUAGUAUGUGUAUUUGGUGUAGUAUAUGUAGUUGGUGUAGUAUGUGUAGUUGGUGUAGUUAGUGUAGUUGGUGGAGUUAGUGUAGUUGGUGUAGUUACUGUAGAUGGUGUAGUAUUUGUGGUUGGUUUAGUUUGUGUAGUUGGUGUAGUAUAUGUAGUUGGUGUAGUGACUGUAGUAUGUGUAGUUUGUGUAGUUGGUGUAGUAUAUGUAGUUGGUGUAGUAUAUGUCGUUGGUGUAGUAUGUGUAGUGUGUGUAGUUUGUGUAGUUAGUGUAGUUGUUACAGAAAACUACAGCAAACUACACCACCUACAUCAAACUAAACCAACUACACAACACUACACCAAACAACACCUACUAAACCAAACUAAACCAAACUACACCAAGUACACAAAACUACACCAAACUUGGCUAGACUUGAAUAAUCAACAGACGGCGAACAUUAUAAAUGAACUCUGUCCUCUGGGGUUUGCGUUUAUGCAUAUUCCUCGAAUGAAAAAUUGUGGU